AUGGAGAAUUUCAACGAUUUUACAGAGGCAGAAUCAGUCUCAGAAAAACAUGUUGAAACAGAAGAGGCAGAACAGGACCCUGAAAGCAAUAACCUUCAUCAGCCUCUCCUCAAAAGGAACAGGACACUGUCUUCCAGCCCAUUGGCCAUUGUUGGAACAAAGGUUUCUUACAUAGAGAGCCUGGACUAUGAGAUCAAUGAGAAUGAUCUGUUCAAGCAGGACUGGAGGAGCAGAUCGAGGGUUCAAGUUUUGCAGUAUAUCUUUCUCAAGUGGUUGCUGGCAUUCCUGGUUGGGCUCCUGACAGGCCUAAUAGCAACUCUCAUCAAUGUCGCCAUUGAAAACAUAGCUGGAUAUAAACUUCUUGCUGUCGUCAAUUACAUCCGGGAGGAAAGAUACCUGACGGGAUUUUUAUACAUGACUGGAGCAAAUCUUGCCCUAACAAUGGUGGCGGCCCUUCUCUGUGUUUUCUUUGCACCUACAGCAGCCGGGCCUGGAAUCCCUGAAAUCAAAGCAUAUCUGAAUGGGGUGGACACCCCCAACAUGUUUGGUGCAACGACAUUGAUUGUUAAGAUUAUUGGAAGCAUUGGGGCAGUUUCGGCCGGGCUGGAUCUUGGAAAAGAGGGACCCCUGGUGCACAUCGGGAGCUGCUUAGCUUCUCUACUAGGCCAAGGUGGACCAGACAGGUAUCGAAUUAGAUGGCGAUGGCUGAGAUACUUCAACAAUGAUAGGGACCGGCGUGAUCUGAUCACGUGUGGAUCCUCUUCCGGCGUCUGUGCUGCCUUCCGGGCACCAGUUGGGGGCGUCCUCUUUGCCCUGGAGGAAGUGGCUACUUGGUGGAGAAGUGCUCUCCUCUGGAGAACCUUCUUCAGCACGGCAGUCGUGGUUGUAGUGCUUCGGACAGCCAUGGAGUACUGCCAAUCAGGCUACUGUGGGCUGUUUGGGAAAGGAGGGCUGAUCAUAUUCGAUGUGAGUGGAGUUUCGGUCAGGUACCAUGUUGUAGAUAUCAUCCCUGUGGCUGUCAUAGGCGUGCUCGGCGGCCUUCUGGGAAGCCUGUACAACUACCUUCUUCACAAGGUCCUAAAAGUGUACAAUGUCAUAAAUCAGAAGGGAAAACUAGCCAAACUCCUCCUCAGUCUGAGUGUCUCCUUGUUCACUUCCGUUUGCCUGUAUGGACUUCCAUUCCUUGCCAAGUGCCGGCCCUGCGAUUCAUCUCUCGAUGAUUUCUCCUGCCCAACAAAUGAUCGUACAGGGAACUUCAAGCAAUUCAACUGCCCCAAAGGCUACUACAGUGACUUGGCCUCACUUCUCCUCACCACCAAUGACGAUGCAGUUCGGAAUAUUUUCUCCAUAAACACUCCAUCAGAGUACAGUAUCGGGUCACUCUUUAUAUUCUUUGUGUUGUACUGCAUACUAGGACUGAUUACCUUCGGCAUUGCAGUCCCUUCUGGUCUCUUCCUCCCCAUCAUUCUCAUGGGCUCAGCAUACGGCCGAAUACUGGGGGUUGCAAUGGGAACCUACACAAAAAUCGAUCAAGGCCUGUAUUCAGUUCUUGGAGCAGCCUCACUUAUGGCUGGUUCUAUGAGAAUGACUGUUUCCCUUUGCGUCAUUUUCCUUGAGCUUACCAACAACCUUCUCUUGCUGCCUAUAACAAUGCUCGUUCUUCUGAUUGCAAAGACUGUGGGUGAUUGCUUCAAUCCAAGCAUAUAUGAAAUUAUAUUGGAACUAAAAGGGUUGCCUUUCUUGGAAGCAAACCCCGAGCCAUGGAUGAGGAACAUCACAGUAGGCGAGCUUGCAGAUGUUAAACCAGCAGUAGUCACCCUCAAUGGAAUUGAGAAGGUCGGCCGUGUCGUUGAAGUUCUUAGAAACACCACAUACAAUGGUUUCCCAGUUGUGAAUGCACCUGAGGGAGCUACUGAGCUACAUGGACUGAUCCUGAGAGCUCAUCUAAUUCUAGCACUGAAGAAGAAGUGGUUCCUGCAAGAAAGGCGAAGAACAGAAGAAUGGGAAGUGUGGGAGAAAUUUACUUCCAUCGACUUGGCAGAAAGGGGCACCACCAUUGAAGAGGUCACUGUGAGUAGGGACGAAAUGGAUAUGUACAUUGAUUUGCAUCCCUUGACCAAUACAACUCCAUACACUGUGGUUGAAAGUGUCUCCGUUGCAAAGGCAAUGGUACUCUUCAGGCAAGUGGGGCUACGACACCUGAUCAUCCUGCCGAAGAACCAAGCUUCCGGGGUUCCUCAAGUGGUGGGAAUUUUGACAAGGCAAGACCUGAUAGCCCACAAUAUUUUGAGUGCAUUUCCUGAUCUGGUAAGAUGCAAGGAAGGCAAGAAGGGACACUGAUGCACAAGGUUAUGUUUCACACAUAAAAACAUGUUGAGAUUCUUCACUUCAUUCUUUCA